AUGCUGCUCGCAUUUCUUCCUUUUAUCCUGGCUGGUCCGCUUAGAUACAGAGAUGUAACCUGCAAUGGUGGGAUCCUCAGCACACCCACCUACGGACUUGACGGCGCGGUCUUCACUGUCUGCGCCUCAGUCGAAAUCUGCGCCUCAGUUCGCGAGGUCUCAAACACGAUCCUUGACUUCCGGAGAUACGAAGAAUGGAACACCUUCAUUUACGACGCCGACGUUCCUGACAAUGUUGACACCCCUGCUGGCGUUGCACCAGGUCUAUCCGUGCUAUUCUACUCCACCGGCCUCCAGCCAGACGUCAACAACACUGGCACCGAUGUCGUUACUUUCGUCGACCAACCUUUCCUCUCCGCAUGGAAGAACGUCGAGAACGAGGCCUUCAUUGGCGUUUCAGAGCACGUCAGCACCUUCUACCCCGUUCCAGGCGGCAAAACGAGAUACACGCAUUGGCAGACACAUUAUAUGCCGCAAGCGAGCUUGCUAUUGCCAAUCAAGGAUAGUCUGCAGCGCCAGUUUGAGGUGCAGGCCAGUGAUUUGAAGGCAUACGUCGACAAGCGAAACUGUUGA